UGUAUGUGAAUGCAGUGCUUAAAUAUACUGCUUCCUUAGCUCCCUCGAUAGACAACUAAGGAGCUCUCUUUUCUUUUGCAAGGGGAAAAAAAAAAACCCAUCUCAAAGCCUCUACAAAGUGUUAACCGACCAGCUCCUGGAGUAGUUCAUCUUGCCUCUGCAUCUUUGAAGAAGAGGUUCAUUGGUGGUGGGGAAAAAAAAAUGCUUCCAGCUCCUACUGCAACUUCCAGAUGCCACAGCGAGAAUAUGAUCAGCUGAAGCUGCCAGAGAAUCCGGCAAUUUAAGACAAAAGAGAUUCAGCCCCGAGUGGAGCAACACUAAGUGGAUCCUCCAAGAUCGCACCUGUCGAUAUCCAUAAGGUAGAGAAUGGUUAGCCGUGGUUCCACACUGUGAAGGCUUUGAAUUGGGUACCUGUGGCUCGUCACUCCACACUCCUUCCGCUUUUCAGGAUGUAAAUGGGGUCUGGCCUUUCCCCGAUAGGCUGUUAAGCCAUGGACAAGCUAAAAACAACACACUGGACUGUUUUUCUAAACAAAGCCUCACUUUCCUUCUUGGGCUGCCAUUAAGGGAUUACAGCUGACGAGGAAGAGUCCGGCAGAACUUGGACUGGAAAGGUGUCUUACAAUGAGAAUUAUGAGCUCAUCUUGCCUCUGCCCAGUCCUGGUGUGUCUCUGUUUUGUACAGAGGUGCCAUGGGACUGCUCACCACGGCUCCAUCAAAGCGACGGGGAAUCAAACCAAGCACGUAGAAGGCGAAACCGAAGUGCACCAUCGUCCCAAACGAGGAUGGGUCUGGAAUCAGUUCUUUGUUUUAGAAGAACACAUGGGACCAGAUCCCCAGUAUGUGGGAAAGCUACACUCCAACUCGGACAAAGGUGAUGGAUCCGUCAAGUACAUUCUUACCGGAGAAGGGGCUGGGACCAUAUUCAUUAUUGACGAUACCACAGGAGACAUCCACUCCACCAAAAGUCUAGAUCGAGAGCAGAAAACGCACUAUGUCUUGCACGCCCAAGCAAUUGACAGACGAACGAACAAGCCUCUAGAACCUGAAUCUGAAUUCAUCAUCAAAGUACAAGACAUCAAUGACAACGCCCCCAAAUUUACAGAUGGACCUUACAUUGUCACAGUACCAGAAAUGGCUGAAAUGGGUACCUCGGUUCUCCAGGUGACGGCAACGGAUGCUGAUGACCCCACCUAUGGAAACAGUGCCCGCGUGGUCUACAGCAUUCUCCAGGGGCAACCUUACUUCUCCGUCGACCCCAAAACAGGAGUUAUCAGGACCGCCCUGCACAACAUGGACAGGGAAGCCAGAGAGCACUAUUCUGUUGUUAUUCAAGCCAAAGAUAUGGCGGGGCAAGUUGGAGGACUUUCUGGAUCAACCACCGUAAACAUCACCCUCACCGACGUCAACGACAACCCACCUCAUUUCCCCCAGAAGCAUUACCAGCUCUACGUUCCCGAAUCAGCUCAAGUCGGUUCCGCAGUCGGCAAGAUCAGGGCAAACGAUGCAGAUACUGGAUCCAACGCUGAUAUGAAAUACACAAUCAUCAGUGGCGAUGGGGCUGGAUUCUUCUCCAUAUCCACUGACAAAGAGACGAGAGAGGGAAUCCUUUCUCUGAAGAAGCCACUCAAUUAUGAGAAGAAGAAAUCUUACACUCUCAACAUAGAAGGUGCCAACACCCAUCUCGAUUUCCGCUUUUCGCACCUGGGCCCCUUCAAAGAUGUGACGAUGCUGAAGAUCAUUGUUGGGGAUGUGGACGAGCCCCCUCUGUUCACCAAACCCUUCUACGUAAUGGAGGUCUACGAGAAUGCCAAGAUCGGGACGGUGGUUGGCACGGUAACCGCUCAUGAUCCGGACAGCGCUAACAGCUUAGUGAGGUAUUUCAUAGAGCACAACCCAGAAGAAGAUAGAUAUUUCAGCAUUGAUGCCAACACUGGCACCAUUAAGACAACAAAGGUCCUUGACCGGGAAGAAACACCGUGGCACAACAUCACCGUUGCUGCUUCCGAAAAAGACAAUCUUGGUUUGCUAAGUCACGUUACGGUUGGCAUUAGAGUUCUGGACGUCAACGACAAUCCACCUGAACUCGCCAUGGACUACGAUGUUGUUGUCUGUGAGAAUUCCAAGCCCGGACAGGUUAUUCAUACCUUCAGUGCCGUGGAUAGAGACGACUUUGCCAACGGGCCACGAUUCCAUUUUUUCCUAGAUGAAGGCCUCUCGGUCAAUCCCAACUUCACCCUGAAGGACAAUGAAGAUAAUUCGGCGAGCAUUUUGACAAAGCGGAGGAGAUUCAGCCGGACAUCUCAGGAUGUAUAUCACCUCCCGAUUGUGAUCGCUGAUGGUGGCCUCCCCUCUCUCAGCAGCAGCUGUACCCUCACGAUCCGAGUCUGUGCGUGCGAGAGAGACGGGCGGGUGCGGACCUGCCAUGCUGACGCCUUCCUCUCUUCUGCCGGUUUGAGCACUGGAGCCCUGAUUGCCAUUCUGCUCUGUGUCGUCAUUCUCUUGGCCAUCGUGGUCCUCUUCAUUACCCUGAGACGCAGCAAGAAAGAGCCUCUGAUCAUUUCUGAAGAGGACGUCCGGGAAAACGUGGUCACUUAUGACGACGAGGGAGGUGGCGAGGAGGACACGGAGGCUUUUGACAUCGCGGCCUUGAGGAACCCAUCAGCCGCCGAGGAGCUGAGGUACCGGCGGGACGUCCGGCCUGACGUGAAGCCGCCACUGCCGCCGUCACCGCCACCAUCGGAGCCCCAACAUCCUUCCCCACACCUCGGGGGCCUGGACGUUCAGGAGUUCAUCCAGAGGAGACUGGCCGAGGCCGACGUGGAUCUCAGCGUGCCCCCCUAUGAUUCCCUCCAGACCUAUGCCUACGAGGGCCGGCGCUCGGAAGCUGGAUCCAUCAGCUCUCUGGAUUCUGCCACAACGCACUCGGACCAAGAUUAUGGAUACCUUGGGGACUGGGGGCCGGAGUUCCGCAAGUUGGCUGAACUCUACGGAGACAUAGAAUCUGAAAGAACAACUUAGCCGACCGGCGCGGAGGCUUCAGGGGAUGGUGUAGAUGCCCCACCGGAGUGCUUACCGUGGUCCCCAUGAGGAGGGGGAGGUGGACGCGAUGGAUCGGACGGAGGGAGGGAAUCCAUCCCGGGAGCUGGCCUGGGAGCUGUUCACGGUCACUGUAGAAACAAGUGCUCUUUCAAGUCGGAAAUGGGGUCUGUCCACUGGAAGGAAGUCGAAUUUGGAAGUGAAAAACAAAAACAAAAAAAUUACAGAGGAAAAAGGAAGCUAUUGUUCUUUGUGAAUAUUUUUUAAUUGCUCAAUAAAGUCAGUGAUACCGUUUCAUUUAC